GAUAUGUGAAAUUUUAAUAAUUUGUAUAUUUUUAUUAAUUGUUUUAUUGUUUUGGAUUUAAAAUUGUGAAAAUGUCGUUUCUAACUGAAUAUUUUGAUGAAUUCCGCCAGCAUCCUAUCAAGAAAACUAAAAUGUGCCGCCCAGAGAAUCGCUGGGCUACACUCGAGGGCAAAUGGCUAGACCCGAAAAAAGGCACAGAAGAUAAAACUUGGACAGAGGAUGAAAUUGAAAAGUUCAUAAAGGACACGAUGCGUAGACUUCGUGGACAGUCUACAUACUACAAUGACUUCUGUGCACAUCUCUCUCCAGAAUUCAAGACGCGUCCCUUCAAACCACGGGUGAAGAAGUUGCGUCCAUGCGGGGAGAAAAUUGAGGUGGUGCAAGAGGACUUACGGCCACAGGGCGAGAAGCUGGCCAUGAAGGAUACUGAGCUGAUGAAGGUGGCUCGGGAGAUGUACGAAGCACCUCCUCGACCCACGCUGCGCCCUCUGCCCACGCAUUACAGAAUUUUGGGUUACGUUCGUCCCACAAACUACAACACUGGUCGCAGCGACUACCAGGAGGGCAUAGCUCGUUUGGCGUACGAGUUAGUAAGAGACGAUCGCAUACCGCGCUACGAAGCUCAUAAUGGCUGCCGGCCGCGUUGGGGCUUACCGCCCGAGGGCCAACGACAACCAGAGCUCGAUAUUGUCCCAUUCAAGGAAGAAAGACUCUACUGAAUACACGAAUUAUAAACAAAA